GAGGAGGAGAGCAAAGACGUGAUUACUUCAGAAUUUAUUUAAGGGCCGGUGGAAACCACUGCAGCAGCUUCCAGGGGAAGCCCUUGUUCCAAAGGAAGAGGAGGUGGAGGCUGCCAAGGAGGAGGAGGGGAGGAGACACAAAAAGGAGGAGUAGCAACCGCUUGCAUGAGACAAGGAUGCUCUAGCAUCCUCACCCAUUCCCAGCAGGGAAAUGGUCCAGGACUGCUGGGUGUGAGCCUCACCUCUCCUCCAGCCGAGACUGCGGUUGUCAGUGAUCCAUUGAAGAAACAGGACCUGAUAUAAGAGACAUUAGCAAUGAUGUGCGAAGUGAUGCCCACGAUCAAUGAGGACACCCCAAUGAGCCAGCGGGGGUCCCAGAGCAGUGGCUCCGAUUCAGACUCCCAUUUUGAGCAAUUGAUGGUCAAUAUGCUGGAUGAAAGGGACCGUCUAUUAGACACACUUCGAGAGACCCAGGAAAGCCUCUCACUUGCCCAGCAAAGACUCCAGGAUGUCAUCUAUGACAGAGAUUCCCUGCAGAGGCAGCUGAAUUCAGCCCUACCUCAGGACAUCGAAUCACUAACAGGAGGGCUGGCUGGUUCUAAAGGGGCGGAUCCACCGGAAUUUGCUGCACUGACUAAAGAACUGAAUGCUUGCCGGGAACAACUUCUAGAAAAGGAAGAAGAGAUCUCAGAGCUGAAAGCUGAAAGAAACAACACAAGACUAUUACUGGAGCACUUGGAAUGCCUUGUGUCACGCCAUGAAAGGUCACUAAGGAUGACGGUGGUGAAACGACAGGCCCAGUCUCCCUCCGGAGUGUCCAGUGAGGUGGAGGUUCUCAAGGCUCUGAAAUCUUUGUUUGAGCACCACAAGGCCUUGGAUGAAAAGGUAAGGGAGCGACUGAGAGUUUCUUUAGAAAGAAUCUCUGCCUUGGAAGAGGAACUAGCUUCAGCUAAUCAGGAGAUUGUCGCCUUGCGUGAGCAAAAUGUUCAUAUCCAGAGAAAAAUGGCAUCAAGCGAGGGAUCCAGAGAGUCAGAGCACCUGGAAGGGAUGGAACCUGGCCAGAAAGUUCAUGAAAAGCGUCUAUCCAAUGGUUCCAUAGACUCAACAGAUGACACCAGCCAGAUAGUCGAGCUACAAGAGUUGCUUGAAAAGCAAAACUAUGAAAUGGCCCAAAUGAAGGAACGCUUAACAGCUCUUUCUUCCCGAGUGGGAGAAGUGGAACAGGAAGCAGAAACAGCAAGGAAGGACCUCAUAAAAACGGAAGAAAUGAACACAAAGUAUCAGAGGGACAUCCGCGAGGCAAUGGCUCAAAAGGAAGAUAUGGAAGAAAGAAUCACAACCUUGGAGAAACGUUACCUCAGUGCUCAGAGAGAAUCUACCUCUAUUCAUGACAUGAAUGAUAAGCUAGAAAAUGAAUUGGCAAACAAGGAAGCCAUCUUGCGACAGAUGGAAGAAAAGAACAGGCAAUUACAAGAGCGUUUAGAACUGGCUGAGCAGAGGCUACAGCAGACCAUGAGAAAGGCCGAAACUCUGCCGGAAGUGGAGGCUGAACUGGCUCAGAGAAUUGCAGCCCUAACAAAGUCUGACCCAACCUCCUCUACCUCAUCCGAUGAUUAUCAAUAUGUUAUGGAAGCUAAACUCCAAGAAAUGAUCUCCAUACGUAGGAAGGCUGAAGAAAGGCAUGGAAAUAUUGAAGAACGUAUGAGACACCUCGAGGGUCAACUGGAAGAGAAGAAUCAGGAACUUCAAAGAGCUAGGCAAAGAGAGAAAAUGAAUGAAGAACAUAAUAAAAGGUUAUCUGAUACCGUGGACAGGCUUCUGACAGAAUCCAAUGAGCGCCUGCAACUGCACUUGAAGGAAAGAAUGGCCGCGUUGGAAGAAAAGAAUGUUUUGAUUCAAGAAUCAGAGACCUUCAGAAAAAAUCUUGAAGAAUCUUUACAUGAUAAGGAACGGUUAGCAGAGGAAAUUGAGAAGUUAAGAUCUGAACUUGACCAAAUGAAAAUGAGAACUGGCUCGCUAAUUGAACCCACUAUAUCAAGAACGCAUCUAGACACCUCAGCUGAGUUGCGGUAUUCAGUUGGGUCCCUCGUGGAUAGCCAGUCUGAUUACAGGACUACGAAAGUAAUCCGGAGACCCAGGAGAGGCCGUAUGGGUGUGCGAAGAGAUGAGCCGAAGGUGAAAUCUCUUGGGGAUCACGAAUGGAACAGAACUCAGCAAAUUGGAGUCCUAGGCAGCCACCCAUUUGAAAGCGACACUGAAAUGUCCGAUAUCGAUGAUGAUGACAGAGAAACAAUUUUUAGCUCAAUGGAUCUUCUCUCUCCAAGUGGUCAUUCCGAUGCUCAGACUCUAGCUAUGAUGCUUCAGGAACAAUUGGAUGCAAUCAAUAAAGAAAUAAGGCUAAUUCAAGAAGAAAAGGAAUCUACAGAAUUGCGUGCCGAAGAAAUUGAGAACAGAGUGGCUAGCGUAAGCUUGGAAGGUCUGAAUUUGGCAAGGGUCCAUCCCGGUACUUCCAUCACUGCCUCUGUUACAGCCUCCUCGCUGGCCAGUUCAUCUCCCCCGAGUGGACACUCAACGCCAAAGCUCACACCAAGAAGCCCUGCCAGAGAAAUGGACCGCAUGGGAGUCAUGACCCUGCCAAGUGAUCUAAGAAAACAUCGGAGAAAGAUUGCAGUGGUGGAAGAAGAUGGACGGGAGGAUAAAGCAACAAUUAAAUGUGAAACUUCUCCUCCCCCAACGCCCAGAGCCCUCAGAAUGACUCACACACUCCCUUCUUCCUACCACAACGAUGCCCGGAGCAGUUUAUCUGCCUCUCUCGAGCCAGAAAGCCUUGGGCUUGGCAGUGCCAAUAGCAGCCAAGACUCUCUUCACAAAGCCCCUAAGAAGAAAGGAAUCAAGUCUUCAAUAGGGCGCUUGUUUGGUAAAAAAGAAAAGGCCCGACUCGGGCAGCUUCGGGGCUUCAUGGAGACUGAAGCUGCAGCGCAGGAGUCCCUGGGCUUAGGCAAACUUGGAACUCAAGCCGAAAAGGACAGACGAUUGAAGAAAAACACACCGGGGCAUGAACUUCUUGAAGAAGCUCGUAGAAAAGGAUUACCUUUUGCCCAGUGGGAUGGACCCACUGUGGUUGCUUGGCUGGAGCUCUGGUUGGGAAUGCCUGCUUGGUACGUGGCAGCCUGCAGAGCCAAUGUGAAAAGUGGAGCCAUCAUGUCGGCUUUGUCGGACACGGAAAUCCAAAGAGAGAUUGGAAUCAGCAACCCUCUGCAUCGCUUAAAGCUCAGACUAGCCAUUCAGGAGAUGGUUUCCCUCACGAGCCCUUCAGCUCCUCCGACCUCGCGCACUCCUUCAGGCAAUGUCUGGGUGACCCACGAAGAAAUGGAAAACCUUGCAGCUCCAGCAAAAACGAAAGAAUCUGAGGAAGGAAGCUGGGCCCAGUGUCCGGUCUUUCUACAGACCCUGGCUUAUGGAGAUAUGAAUCACGAGUGGAUUGGAAACGAGUGGCUUCCCAGCCUGGGGUUGCCUCAGUACAGAAGUUACUUUAUGGAAUGCUUGGUUGAUGCAAGAAUGUUAGACCACCUCACCAAGAAAGAUCUUCGUGUCCAUUUAAAAAUGGUGGAUAGUUUCCAUCGAACAAGUUUACAAUAUGGAAUUAUGUGCUUGAAAAGAUUGAAUUAUGAUAGAAAAGAAUUAGAGAGAAGACGAGAAGCAAGCCAACAUGAAAUAAAAGAUGUUUUAGUGUGGAGCAAUGAUCGAGUUAUUCGCUGGAUACAAGCGAUUGGACUUCGAGAAUAUGCAAAUAAUAUUCUGGAGAGUGGAGUGCAUGGCUCACUUAUAGCCCUCGAUGAGAACUUUGACUACAGCAGCUUGGCUUUAUUGUUGCAGAUUCCAACACAGAACACCCAGGCCAGGCAGAUUCUUGAACGCGAGUACAAUAACCUGUUGGCCCUGGGAACGGAGCGGCGACUGGAUGAAAACGAUGACAAGAAUUUCAGACGCGGCUCAACCUGGCGAAGGCAGUUCCCUCCCCGUGAAGUCCACGGAAUCAGCAUGAUGCCUGGGUCCUCAGAGACAUUACCAGCUGGGUUCAGGUUAACUACAACAUCUGGGCAGUCAAGAAAAAUGACGACGGAUGUUCCGUCAUCAAGACUGCAGAGGUUAGACAACUCCACGGUUCGCACAUACUCAUGUUGACAAGCCACUCAAAGGAGACAGCGCUAACCUGCUAUGUCAUCUUUUCAGUAUACCCGACCUAAAGUGCACUACUGCCUACAAAGACGAAGGGAGAAAGCCUUUACGAAGACUGAAUUCUAAGGAAAUAAUAUAAGUAACAGUUUACCAAACAUUAAACACGUGAUUUUGGGGGGAGUCAGAUAAUAAGUUUGGUUAGUUUCCUAUGAUUGUAAUAAAACGCUUAAGUCAUCUGAAAUACGAACAUCACCCACAUCAUAAAUUCUGUACAUCCGAUGCUUUUAUGAGAUGGAAUUACUUGUUUUUUCAUGUUGUAAUAUAAUAGGCAUUUAUGUAUUACUGUGUAUUAUUUCUUUUUAAAUGUGUAAGUCUUCUGUAAAUGGAUAUAAAUAUGAUUUUUUAAAAAAUAAAAUAUAUGGUUCAUGGA